GUGACAGAACCCAGAACAUGCCGUAUGGAGACACUUAAAUGAAACGAAGGAUUUUUCAGUGUUGUGAGGGACAAAAACAUGCAAGCCUCAGACCCAGUCUCAGUCACAGACCUCAUCAGUAAAUAUUUCUCAGAGGGCCACACAUAUGAAGUGAUCCUUGAUUUUCUUACAACAAAGCACAAUAUUUGUAUAAGUCUGAGAACAUUAAAGAGGAGGCUAAAAGAUGCUGGACUGACCAGAAGGACAGACUAUACUCCCACUGACACUGUCAGUGACAUUGUUGCACAAGAACUGAGAGGCUCAGGCCAGCUUCUGGGUUACAGAGCCAUGUGGCAUACACUGCAACAAAAAUAUCACCUGACAGUUAAAAGAAAUGAUGUGAUGCACAUGCUCUCUAGACUAGAUCCAUGUGGUGUUCAGCUUCGCUGUAAACGCAGGUUUGUUCGAAGAGGAUACUUUGCAGAAGGACCGAAUCAAGUGUGGCAUGUGGAUGGAUAUGAUAAGCUGAAACCCUUUGGUGUUGCCAUUAGUGCCUGCAUUGAUGGAUUUUCAAGGAAAGUCAUGUGGCUCAGCUGUGUCAGCUCUAAUAAUGAUCCAGGGAUCAUUGCAAAAUAUUAUGUGGAGUGUGUAUCACAGUUUGGUCAAAUUCCAACAUGCCUUCGUACGGACUGUGGCACAGAAAAUGGCACAAUGGCAGCCAUUCACUGUGCAUUAAGAUCAGAGCAUAGAGAUGAAUUUGCAGGAGCCCGCAGUCAUAUGUAUGGCACCUCAGCUACAAACCAACAGAUCGAAAGUUGGUGGUCUUCUUUCAGAAAGCAAAGGACUCAGUUCUGGAUUGAACUCUUCACUGACCUGAGAGAGAGGCAACUUUUCAAUGGCAGUCAUGAGCAUAAAUGCCUUCUGCGCUAUGUCUUCAUGAAUGUCUUGCAAAAAGAGCUUGAUGAGUACAGACACCUCUGGAACAAUCACACCAUCACACCUGUGCGGCAGUCUUUGUGUCCAUCUGGUAAACCAGAAGCCAUGUAUCACCUUCCUCACAGGUAA